CGGACCAGCUGGAGGAGGAUGGGAAGCGCCGACCAUGAGACUGGGCUUUUAUUUUCCUUGCUGUAUCGCUAGGGCUUUGGAGGGCAUGUUGAGGAGUAGGAACAGGAGACGGACAUGCUUGUUCUGGGGAGGAAUGGUCGCGAGUUUGGUGACGGUGUUCCUGGUGGUCGCGCUGAAGGAUGCUCUCCUCGCCUCCAGCUUCAUCUGCUCCACAGAUGACAUCAUGAACAAACAUAUUAAGAUUUUGUGCAAGGGCCUAGCAGACCAAAAGAAGAACCAUCCCUCGGAAAGUUCUAUAAGCGAGAACAAACUCUGCCAGGAACUGUGCGGCCAAGAUGUGUCAUCUCAGCUCGCGUGCCACACCUUCCACCUGAACAAGCCGACUGUCUUCACCCUUGACAACGGGCACAAGAAGGUCGUCAAAAGCGUCAUUUGGAGCGAGGACAGAGAGGAGGCUGUCGAUGAUCCGGACGAGGCGAGUGAGGUUUAUUGGAACAAGAAAUCAGGAGAGCAGUACUUUCCAACACGAGAGGAGCUGCAGAGCAUGGCCAUAACCUAUGCCUUGAACUUCAUUGGUCAUGACAUCAACAAAGACUCCAUUUCUAAGCUCAUGGAUGAGAAUAAUCUCUAUAAAACCAGCACAGAAAUUGUUGAGUAUCACAAAAAUUUCUGGUUGUUGUUACAGGAUCAUGAAUUUUUAAUGUCCUAUCUUUUGGAAGAGUUCAGAUUGUUCCCUCGCGUGUUAGGGACAUGCGGUUCAUACUAUGCUGUGGAGUACCUAACGCCUCUCACGGAGAAUGCAAUGAGGCCGUUUAGCCUUACCUGGCGGGAGAGGCUGUGGAAGGGCUUAGACAUCCUCCGGUAUAUCAGGAAAUUAGAGACCAUCUAUACAGAACACAUUCAUCUGUGUGACAUAAAGCACAGUCAUUUUGGCUGGAAUAAGUCUGGGAAUGUGAUGUUCCUGGAUCUGGAUUCAGUUUUGCCAGAGAACGCUCUCCUGAAGAUCAUGGAAAAUACACCUUCUUGUUCUGAAGAUGAAGACUGUUCUUAUUUUGACUGCAAGGGCAGGUGCCAUCUUCGAACAUCAAAGUGUGAACUGGAAAGGGUAAAUACAAACCUUCAAGUGGUAUGUGACAAAGUUUUCCUGGGGAACACUGACAGUGUCAUAUCUCUCUAUGGGUUACUGGUUUCCUACGAAGGCAACGAGGAACUGAGCGAGGCCCUUGAAUUGUGCAAAACAAACAAAGGCAUGACCGUGGAUGGUAUGCUUGACGUCCUGAUUAGGGCAUCCAACCACCUCCUUUACUAGUUGUUGCAGUCUAGUCUUUAACAAUG